AACAAAUUCAACCUUACAUUUUGACUGUGAUCAACGAAGCCCUAAAUACUAAAUAGAACCUGUUGUUCAAAGUGGAACCCAAAGCAAAUCUCACUAAGCAAGACGGUAAACACUCCUAAGAACUGCAGCUGCAAGGUAGAGAGAUGAACGAUGGAGAAACCCUUGUGGAAGCUGCGCUGCGUGUUCUGAAUACAGCAGACCCAGUUGAGAAAGCGAAACUUGGAGAUGAAAUAGCAAACAAUUGGCUCCAAGGUGUUAUUGCAAAUCCUUACCACCCUUCUCAGCCUGAUAUCAUCGUCCCAGACCGCCCUGCCAGACUCUCCAAUGUGAAGCUAGUGUCGCCUAGUCUUAUGCCGAAGCUUGGGAAAGCCGGAAGCUUACAGAGCAGACAGGCCAUCGUGCACAGCCUUGUUCACACUGAAAGUUGGGCCAUUGAUUUGUCCUGGGAUAUAAUUGCACGUUUUGGUAAACAAGAGUCAAUGCCAAGAGAGUUCUUCAAUGAUUUUGUAAGAGUUGCACAAGAUGAAGGUCGUCAUUUCAGUCUUCUUGCUGCCCGGCUUGAGGAAUUGGGGUCUUUCUAUGGAGCACUUCCUGCUCAUGAUGGUUUGUGGGACUCAGCUGUUGCUACAUCAAAAGACCUAUUUGCACGUCUUGCAGUUGAGCAUUGUGUUCAUGAGGCAAGAGGACUGGAUGUGCUGCCUACAACCAUCUCCCGAUUCCGUAAUGGAGGUGAUAAUCAGACUGCUGAUUUGCUUGAGAAGGUGAUUUACCCUGAAGAAAUCACUCAUUGUGCUGCUGGAGUCAAGUGGUUCAAGUAUCUAUGUUCACGAUCAUCUUCAUGUGGUGAUGAAGAAAGUAAUGAAGUGAUUCACAAGUUCCAUGAGAUUGUGAGGCAAUAUUUCAGAGGGCCAUUGAAGCCUCCUUUCAAUGAGGCAGCAAGAAAAGCUGCUGGUUUUGGUCCUCAAUGGUAUGAACCUCUUGCUGUCAAAGAUUUUACUCAGUAAAAAGCUAACACAUUUAUAAUUUAUAAUUUAUAUGAACCAAAAUGUUCUCUUGA